AUGAACUCCAAAGCUUUAGGGGGCUUAGAUAUUGGAAGCUUACGAGCAUGUAACCUUGCUCUUAUCACUAAGUGGUGGUGGCGCUAUAAAGAUGACACAGAAGGAAUUUGGAAAAAGGUUAUUACUUGCAUUUAUGGGGAUCAAGGAGGGCUAGGAGUGACGAUACCCUUGGGUAAAAGGAAUACAGUUUGGGGCAGAAUAACCAACGUGUGUAAGGAUCUGGAGCCUUUCAAUAUUGAUCUCAACACACUUUUCUAUAGAAGAAAUGAUUAUGGGGGUAAUUCCAAUGGUAGUAAGUGGUGCUGGAGUCUUGAUGCUAGUGGCGAUUUCACUGUAUCUUCCCUUAGGAAAGAAAUUGACAAAAGCUUCUUGGAGUCUACCAAUACGCCUACGGUUUGGACUAACAUUGUUCCAGGGAAAAUCAACAUUUUCAUAUGGCGUGCUAGACUUGGUAGAUUACCGACGAGAGCUAACCUUGCUCGGAGGGGGGUGGGUAUUCCAAGUACGUUAUGCCCGAUGUGUAAUGCGUUUGAGGAGAAUGAAGAUCAUAUAUUUAAAUAUUGUUCAACCACUAGGGAGUUGGGAGCACUUCUACGCUUGUGGUGGAAGGAUGCUCUCAAUGAAAAUGACUCUCUGGACAACCUCAUUGGAGUAAACUCAAUCCACAAAAAAAGGCAACAGAAAGAAAUAUAUCAUGGAUGCGAUCUCUAG